AUGGACUUAACGAAGCGUAUGAAGGAUUUUAUCCUUCCACCGGCACCCCCGAACAUUAAGCCCAACACUCAUUCUCCUGCUACUACUCCUAUCAAGACAGUGCAGUUAGAACCUCCAUCGUUAAAUAUAACUUUGAAUGAACAUAAAGGUGUUCGUCGUGCACCAAUUAAGGACGAUGCUGUGGAACCGGGAGAUUUGGACAGCGUGCAACAUAUUCGUGUUCCCAAGAAUAAUCAGACACGAGCGAUGAUCACCAAAGCCCUUAAAAGUCACUAUCUCUUUGGUUCGCUUGACCAAGGAGAGAUCGAUGAGAUGAUUGACGUCAUGGCAAUGGUCACUAUCCAGGCAAGCGAAGCAAUCAUUACCCAGGGCAUGUCGGGCAAGUGCUUUUACGUCUUGGAAAGCGGUAAUUGUGACAUUGAAGUUGACAGCAAACUUGUGGGGACGUACACGAACGGUGAUGCUUUUGGUGAACUUGCAUUACUUUACAACUGUCCUCGAGCUGCAACGAUCCGCGCUACUACAGGAUGCAUCCUUUGGACUGUAGAGCGUACGACAUUUCGCAAGAUCAUGGCUACCACAGCAUCGGCUACGCAGCUCGCUCGAGUGAACUUUCUAAAGAAUGUCGAGUUACUGCAGCGUUUAAGCAACAACCAAAUGCAAAAAGUAGCAGCAGCAUUAAAGUUACAACGUUUCGGUGAUGGAGAUUACAUCAUUCGACAAGGUGAUGAUGGCAAUACGUUCUACAUUAUUGUCGAGGGUACAGUACGGUGCACAUCUCGUGCUGGAGGCGGUGAAGCUGAUAAGGAACUCAUGACACUUCAGCGCGGCAACUACUUUGGAGAGAUGGCACUCGUACUGAACGAACCUCGUCAGGCAAACUGCAUAGCAGUGGGACCAGUAGACUGCUAUGUCAUGGACCGGUCGGAAUUCACCAAGCUGCUUGGUCCACUCCGAUCUUUGAUUGACCGUCAGAUGCGCAUUCGCGUAUUGCGUAGCGUACCACUACUAUCGUCCCUGACGGAUGACGAGCUCGAUAUUCUUGCUCACGCACUUCAUGUCGUAUCGUUUGAGGACGGAAGCGUCAUCAUUAAAGAAGGCGAUGCCGCUGAUACGUUUUACAUGAUAUCGGAUGGCAAAGUGAGCGUUCGGAAGUCAAAUGUUGAGAUCAUGAAGCUUCAAUCAGGUGAAUUUUUUGGUGAACGUGCCCUCCUUUCAAAUGAGCCCCGUGCUGCCGACUGUGUAGCUAUGGGUCGUGUCGAAUGUCUUACUCUGCAGCGUGCAGCUUUUGAACAACUGCUUGGAAAACUUGAGUAUAUCAUGCAACGCGAAAUUCAACGUCAGCAAUUGGUUCAGCAAACUGUCCUCGGAGAAAAAAGUAACAUUCGAACGGGAACGGCAUCUUCCUUCUCACAACCAGGCAAGAAACUUCUAUACGCGGACUUAGAAAAAGUCCGCACCAUUGGCACUGGCACUUUUGGCCGCGUCAUUAUUGUACGUCAUGGUCCUACGAAUCAAGCAUUCGCGCUGAAGUGUUUGUCUAAAGCUCUGAUUGUCGAGACACACCAGCAGCAGAAUGUCAUGUACGAGAAGGAUAUCCUUGUCGAGUGCGAACAUCCAUUCAUUCUCAAGCUGCACGAAACGUAUCAGGAUGCCAACCAACUUUAUAUGCUGUUUGAACUUGUUCAAGGCGGUGAACUUUGGAGUCUACUUUAUGAAAAAUCGUUUCGAGUUGCUAAGGGCGUUUGUGGUGCGUUUGAUGUUUCAGCUGCGAGGUUUUACGCUGCAAAUGUUGUCGAGGCACUUCGCUACUUGCAAAAAAUGAAGGUUGCAUAUCGGGACUUAAAGCCCGAAAAUUUAGUUAUCGACAGUGCUGGAUACUUAAAAAUGGUCGACUUUGGCUUUGCCAAACAUGUGCCGUAUCAUCGCAACGGAGCGCUUUACGAACGAUCGUUUACGCUUUGUGGUACUCCUGAGUAUCUUGCGCCUGAACUUGUGCUGAACAAAGGACAUGGUAAGGCCGUGGACCACUGGGCGCUUGGUUGUCUACUUUACGAACUCAUUGCCGGUCGCACCCCGUUUCAGCAUAACGACCAGAACAAGAUAUUUGAAAAGAUUCUUCAGGGUCGUAGCAUGCUCAAGUUUCCACCAAAAUUCGACUUGGAUGCAAAGGAUCUGAUUUUAAAGCUUCUCGAGACGAAUCCGGCGCUACGAAUUGGCUCCCUAGCUGGUGGCAUGCAGGACGUCGUGAACCACCCGUUCUUUACCAAUGCAAAAUUUGAUUGGGCUGCUAUGAUCAAUAAGACGAUAAAAGCACCGUACUCACCCGCAAUUAAAGAUGCAUUCGACGCAGGAAACUUUGAUGCGUACCCCGAGGAUACAAAGGUUCGCCCAUUCACGGAGGUGGAGGAACUUCGGGCGAACGACUUGGAUGUCAAGCCCGAAGAACUUCUACCAUAUCGCUCGCUGGAGGAGAUUCCACUUCGACAUUUGCAGAUUCGGCUUUUUGUUCUUCAACAACUCAAUAAGCAAAUUUCAGCAAUCCUUGGUCUGGUUGAUUUCUCGUUACCUAUGGGCAUGUCGUCCCUGGCCGAUGGCAUUCGCGCUAUUCGUGCACUGAUGUUCUUUCGUACGAAAGAGGUGCUGUGGAACAGAUCCCUCGAGGAGACGAAAUGCCAGCCUUCAGAUCGUGAGCUCGAGCUUGACAGAUUCCGUGCCGCUAAACUCAAAGAUGCACACAAAAUUGACGUAAAAGGCAAACGGUCUUUGUUUGGACAAGCCUUCGAGCAACUGAACAACCGCGAUCCAAAAAUGUUCCGCCUAGAGAAGAACAAAUGUGCUUGGAAGACAGUGCUCAAGGGUGAGUUCAGCGAUGACUACGGCGGUCCCCACCGCAAUUCAAUUGAAGACUUUUGCAACGAGCUCCACACAGAUAUCGUUCCACUCUUUAUCAAAUGCCCGAACGGGCGCGAAAAUAUCGGAACAAAUCGUGAGAAGUUCGUACCGCGACCUUCGAGUGUCAGCCCGCUUCACCUGGCCAUGUACGAAUUUGUCGGCAAGUUAAUGGGUCUAGCAAUAAGAACGAAGAACGUGUUGGACUUGGACCUUCCGUCGAUCAUCCUUGAUGAACUCAAAAAAUUCGAGGUCAGCGGCGACCUGCCGCCAGAAUAUUUUACAGCUUGUGUAAACUCCAAAUUCGUCGUUAUCGGUUCCGAUCAGCGAAUCUACCCGCUUAUUCCUGGUGGCCAUCACGUCCAGGUUACGUGGGAUAAUUGUCAGCAGUUCGCGCGCUCAUUGAUUCACUACCGCCAUAAUGAAUUCAAAGUGCAGUGCGAAGCGAUCCGUCGUGGUUUGGCCACCGUUGUUCCAUACCCUCUUCUGUCGCUGUUCACUUGGCACGAGCUGGAAGUGGAAGUGUGCGGACGUCCUAAGAUGAACAUUGAUCUUUUGGAACAAAUGACUGUGUAUGAAUCCUGUUCUAGCCAGAAUUCGCAUGUGGUACUUUUCUGGCGCAUGAUGCGCGAAAAGCUAGACGACAUGGAGCGAUAUCGGUCGCCUGACGAUUACUUGCCAAUCUCGCACACAUGCUUCUUCUCGCUCGAAUUGCCACGCUAUUCUUCCAUGGACAUUAUGCACCGAAAGAUCCUCUAUGCAAUCACCCACUGCGUUGCCAUCGAUGCCGACGACACCUCAGUCGCUCAAGAUGCCGCACGACGUUCAGCGGAUGUCGACGUAGAGUCGGACAACGACAGCGACAAUAGCGAGUAG